AAUGGGACACACCCUGGACCCCGGCUAACACCGGAUGCUACAAACUAGGAUCACGUCGCGGAAACACCGAGCUAGUAUGAAGAGAGUCCGCGGACAGGCUGAGAGGAAAUGGCCAGACUAAUGUCGCCCAACUCUACAGAAAGUUGACUUGAGGCCAUAGGUCUAAUGUGGUGCCGCUGUGUUGAGGGUCCAACCCGUUUGCUAUGGCAUUACCCCCCUUCCCUCCCUUCAUCACCCUGCUUCUCCUGACCUUGCCCUCCCUGCACUCACUGUUCUCUCGUGGCCUUCUCCCUGCCUCACUGGCCUGCGAGCCGGGCAGAUCAUGGGCGGUGCAGUUAGACCGGGACUCCGAUAUUCAGGGAGGCUCCCUGGAUGAGCUGGCUGAGAGCGUGGCCCAGGAAACUGGACUGGAGAGUCGUGGACAGAUUGGCCAGCUGGAGGGCCACUACCUGUUCUGUCAUGUGCCGGACGAGGCGGGGGGAGAGCAGUGGGACCACUGGGCAGCUAAACAGGCUUUGACUGCCCACCCUCAGGUGCUCUGGCACUCACAGGAGAAUGUGCUCAGCAGAUCCAAGCGAGGCAUGACUUUCAAUGAUCCAAAAUAUCCAAGCCAGUGGCAUUUGCACAAUGAUGUGCAGCGUGGUAUGGAUAUCAAUGUUACAGGAGUUUGGGAACACAACAUCACAGGAGCGGGCGUCACUGUGGUUGUAGUGGAUGAUGGUGUGCAGCACACGCUGGAGGAUAUUCAGCCUAAUUAUUGUCCAGAGGGCAGUUAUGAUUUGAACUCGAAUGAUCCCGAUCCCAUGCCGCACCCUGAUGCUCACAGUGAUAACCACCACGGAACCCGCUGUGCGGGCGAGAUCGCUGCUGUGUCCAACAACAGCUUCUGUGCCGUGGGAGUGGCGUACGGCAGCAGAGUGGCAGGAAUCCGAGUUCUGGAUGGACCCCUCACAGACAGUAUGGAGGCAGUGGCAUUCAAUAAACAUUACCAGGUCAACGAUGUUUACAGCUGCAGUUGGGGUCCAGAUGAUGAUGGACGAACUGUUGAUGGACCACAUCCCUUGGGCAAGGCAGCUCUACAGCACGGGGUGAUAGCAGGCCGAAAAGGCUUCGGAAGCAUUUUUGUUGUAGCUAGUGGCAAUGGAGGACAGUAUAAUGAUAACUGCAACUAUGAUGGCUAUGCUAACUCCAUCUACACUGUCACUAUUGGAGCGGUAGAUGAGAACGGGAGAAAACCAUUCUAUGCAGAAGAGUGUGCUUCCAUGUUGGCCGUCACUUUCAGCAGUGGAGGAAGAACACUGCGCAGCAUCGUGACAUCAGACUGGUCGCUGCAGCAGGGGACAGGCUGUACUGACGGACACACGGGCACCUCCGCAGCAGCCCCGCUGGCAGCUGGCAUGGUGGCUCUGAUGCUGCAGGUGCGGCCUUGCCUGAGCUGGCGUGAUGUUCAGCACAUCAUCACAUACACAGCUACACAGUAUGACACAGAGGCUGAUUGGGAGACUAAUGGAGCUGGAUUCCACCACAGCCACAAACAUGGCUUUGGCCUGCUCAACGCCUGGAGACUGGUCAAUGCUGCCAAGGUUUGGGAGACUGUGCCCUUCUUGGUGUCUUACCAGAGUCCACUUUUAAAGGAAGAAGAGACAAUCCCAGCCUAUCCAAACAAACUUGCACUCACCUGGAAUGUAACAGCUGCAGACCUUCGGCAGUCAGGCUUGCAGACCCUUGAACAUGUGUAUGUUACUGUCACUAUAACCCACCCUCGACGUGGCAAUGUGGAAAUUGUGCUGCUCUGCCCGAGUGGAAUGAGCUCACUCAUCGGGGCCAGGAGGGUACUGGACACAGAUGCCAGUGGCUUCACAGACUGGACCUUCUCCACCGUACGGUGCUGGGGAGAGCGAGCUGAGGGCCAGUACAGCCUUCAAAUCACUGACCACAGAGAGGCUGCCCUUUCUCUGGGCUCUCUGAGGCAUUGGAAACUCACUCUGUAUGGAUCUUCUUUAUCCUUCGAGGAAGUGUUGAACAGACAGAGACUGGUGGAGGAGGCUAUGAAUGGGCAGUAUCUGCACAGCAAUUUCUCACUGCACUGCCCUCCUGGCUUAGACAUUCCUCCAGAGGUAGUGAUCCCGUUUAGCUCCAAUAGCCUCAAGUCAUUGCUGCUCCUGGGCUGUUUUGCACUCUUCUGGUCCCUGUACUACACCCUGGAGGUGACCCUGGCCUAUGUAGACUGGCGGUGGCUGUGGCGAAGGCCUCGACGGGCUCGGGCCAGAGCUGCUGGGCUUAAAGACGGACAAAUGCUAGAGAUGCAGCCGGAGAUGGACACGGAGGAUAAAAUGCCCCUCAUUGCAAACAGUUAGAACACAUAACACUCAGGGGAAACAAAGAAAAACUGACCAGGAGCUGGACCUGUAACCAUGCACCUUACUCAGGCUGAGCUAGCACCUCUCACCACGCUGGCCAGUGUUCAAGUGCUCGCUCUUGAACAAAAUGUGGUUCUCUUUGCUGUGAUUUUUAUUUGGGUUUGAUGGACCCUCUGGUGUGCACUGCUUCCCCUAAGCAAAGCUAGGGGGGCGCAGGUUGUGCCCUGACCCACGGGGAAUGUACAGACCAAACUAAACAAUGUAUUGUUACUAAGGAAAUGCAAUCGAAGGAUCAUUUGUUGGCUUCAGGAUCAGAAGGCUGCUUAUGAGGUCAACAAAUGGCGCUGUGUAUGGAUGUGUGAGGAUGUGUGUGUGUGUGUGUGAGUGGAUAUGAAUGAAGGUAAUUUGGAAUUUGUGAAUGUAUGCUUUUAGGUAUGAGUGAGAAAGAGAGUGUUAUAUAUAUAUAUAUAUAUAUAUAUAUAUAUAUAUUGAAUGAAUUGUUCUUUUUAAAUGCAUCUGGCAAUUUUGGUUUUAAAUGUUCUUCUCCCAAAAGUUUUACGCUGCAAAUAUAUUAAAUAUUCCAAUUGACAGUAUCUAUAGAAUAUAACUAUAACAGUUUUACAGGGCCAGAUUUAUAUAUAUAUAUAAAAAAAAUGACUUGAGUCUUUUUACUGAGGUGGAGUGAACUUUGCGUGAAAAUCCAAAGAUGAAAAUAUGAUUAAAACAGCUGGUCUGAAUGAAUUCAAUAAAAAUAUGUCAGCUGAAAAUGA